AACCGUCACCGACACCGUACGAGGAGCCCCUGCACGACGAAAAUGCCGUCUCAAAAGACCUUCAGAACGAAGCGCACCCUCGCCAAGGCCGCCCGCCAGAACCGGCCCAUUCCCCAGUGGUUCCGCUUGAAGACGGAUACCAAGAUCCAGUACAACGCUAAGCGCCGGCACUGGAGACGCACGAAGCUCAACAUCUAAGCAACUGUCGGCUCUCGUUCUUUGUAUGGAGUUGUUGUCGCGAUGAUCCCUAGGAUGGGAUCGCUCUGGAGGGUAGAUUCUCCGCUUCACGUCCGCAUCGUAUCGCAUGUAUCACUGCUAUCGGCCUAUGCACUUCCACCAUCAGCAUGCUCUGGCAUUCCCGAUUGUAUCAUGUCGGUCCUGGUGUGCGAGAUAUUUUCAUAUCGGACGCUUAAAUGUGAGUGCUACAUUGGGGGAACCCUUUGGACGGACA